AUGGAGUGGCGUUUGAAAGUUCCACUGACGAAUUGGAUUUUAUUCGGUGUGCUUCUGCUACCAAUUCUGGUAGCAGUCCAGGCCAAGGAUAAUGCCUCUGCUCCGCGUCUUAUCACCCUGCAAGCCGGCAGCCCCGCCCCAGCUCCUCCGCCACAGGAAGUGAUAAUCGAAGGGGAUUACGAUCACCAUCACCACCAGCCAUAUCCGUACCAGCCCAGCUAUCCGUAUCCCCAACCUCCGGCUGCGCCACAGCAUUGUCACUGUCCUCCCGGACCUCCGGGGCCACCAGGACCUCCGGGAAUACCAGGCCAGAAGGGCUAUCCCGGUCAAAAGGGCUCCAAGGGUGAGCCUGGCGAAAAGGGUGCGAAGGGAGAGAAGGGCUACCCCGGCAUGCCCGGUCUGCCUGGUCCCCAGGGCCCACCCGGAUAUCCCGGAGGAUCCUAUCCUCCUUAUCCCUAUCCUCCGCCACCACCACCAUCUCCUCCACAUGGUGGUCCCCACCGCUACUACGAUGAUCAGUACUACGAGGGAGAUGACUAUGGCCGUGCUUUCAGCCUCAUAGAGGAGGAACCCAUUGGCCCUCAGCCCAUUAUCUUGACUUUCAGCCACCGCAACAAUCCAUUUACAAAGAAAUCAAAUAAAAAACAUAUUUAA